AUGCUGUGGAUGUGGGUACAUGCGUAUCUGUCGUGCGAACAGCAAGACCUAUCACCAGGCACUAUUUGUCCCCAAAACAACAAAAACAGCAAUAUGAAAUCCGUGCGGCUCAGGAUUCGUGGAUUAUUAUUUGAGCCACAAUCAAAAGUUUUCUUGGUGACUCUUUCUUUUCGCUCCUUCGCUUUCACCUCCCACUACCUUUUACUAUUACCAUGGUCCCGGUCGCUUCCAACGGUUCGACAACGCGCGUGCGCGAGAUAAUAUUCCUGGGCACCGGCACGUCUGGCUGCAUUCCCAACAUUCCGUGCAUUACCUCUGACAACCCUGACUGCACGGUCUGCAAAUACUCGCUGACAGCGCAGGGAGCGAAGAACCGGCGACGCAACACCUCGCUACUGAUCCGCAUUGAUCAUGUGGACGGGCGCGAGCGCAACGUGGUAAUCGACUGCGGCAAGACGUUCUUUGAGUCGGCCGUGGAGGUGUUUGUCAAGCACAAUGUAAAGACCAUCGACGCCGUUCUUUUGACACACGGGCACGCCGACGCAAUCCUGGGCCUAGACGACCUGCGCCAAUGGACGUUGAGCCUGGGGGCCAGCAUUCCAGUGUUCCUGAGCAAAGAGACGCUGGAGACCGUGGGCAAUGCGUUCCCGUACCUGGUCGAUACAAGCAAGGCGACCGGCAGCGGCGAGGUGCCGAAGCUGAACUUCCAAGUAAUUGAUCCAACAGUGCCACUGGAGGUGGCCGGGGUUGAAUUCCAGCCACUGCUUGUGGAGCACGGCCGGUACAGCGACGGCGAGCCGUUCUUUUUCCUGGGGUUCCGGUUCGGUAACGUGUCAUAUAUCUCGGACUGCUCUCGGAUCCCUGAGGCGACGCGGCCGCUAAUAUCCGGCACAGAGCUGCUGGUGCUGGAUGCGCUGAGGUGGACGUCGCAUGCGUCGCAUUUCGGCUACUGGGAUGCGCUCGAAGAGGUCAGGCGGUUCCGCCCGGAGCGUACACUGCUGACGGACUUUUGCCACUCCAUUGAGCACGGCGACAUGGAGGCGUAUGGAAAAAAGCUCCUGUGCGAAGAGGGCCUGGUGGUCGAUCCGGCGUACGACGGCAUGCGGGUGGUUUUGUGAAGAGCUUCGUAUUGUCACCAAU